AUGGCCUCUGAAAUCAGUUCUGUUGUUUCAAAAUUGCAAAUGGUAUCCACUUCGGACCAUUCCUCCAUUGUCUCCAUGAACUUGUUUGUGGCCCUUCUUUGUGCUUGUAUUAUAAUCGGCCAUCUUCUUGAGGAGAAUCGGUGGAUGAACGAGUCUAUCACUGCCCUUUUGAUUGGUCUUACCACUGGCGUAGUCAUUUUGCUGUUUAGUGGUGGCAAAAGUUCUCAUAUUCUUGUUUUCAGUGAAGAUCUUUUCUUCAUAUACCUUCUGCCGCCUAUAAUAUUCAAUGCUGGGUUUCAGGUGAAAAAGAAGCAGUUUUUUGUUAACUUCAUGACCAUCAUGUUGUUUGGUGCUAUUGGUACAUUAAUAUCUUGCGCCAUCAUAACCUUUGGUGCGACACAAAUUUUUAAGAAGUUGGAUAUUGGUCCACUGGAAUUAGGGGAUUACCUAGCUAUCGGUGCAAUAUUUGCUGCUACAGAUUCUGUUUGCACAUUGCAGGUGCUAAAUCAGGAUGAGACACCUUUGCUGUACAGUCUUGUAUUUGGGGAGGGUGUUGUGAAUGAUGCUACAUCAGUGGUGCUUUUCAAUGCAAUCCAAAGCUUUGACCUCAACCAAAUAGACCCUUCAAUAGCUUUGCACUUUUUGGGCAAUUUUUUGUAUUUAUUUAUCUCAAGCACAAUGCUUGGAGUGUUGACAGGUCUACUCAGUGCUUAUAUUAUUAAAAAGCUGUACAUUGGAAGGCAUUCUACUGAUCGUGAGGUUGCUCUUAUGAUGUUAAUGGCAUACCUAUCCUACAUGCUAGCUGAAUUAUGCUAUUUAAGUGGCAUCCUCACUGUAUUCUUUUGUGGGAUUGUUAUGUCUCAUUAUACCUGGCAUAAUGUGACUGAGGGUUCAAGAAUCACUACCAAGCAUUCUUUUGCAACCUUGUCAUUUGUUGCUGAGAUCUUUAUUUUCCUUUAUGUUGGUAUGGAUGCCUUGGACAUUGAAAAAUGGAAAUUCGUCAGUGAUAGCCCUGGAACAUCUGUAGCAGCUAGUUCAGUAUUGUUGGGUCUAAUUCUUCUUGGAAGGGCAGCCUUUGUUUUCCCCCUAUCAUUCAUAUCUAACUUGGCUAAAAAAUCAACAAGUGAGAAAAUCAGCUUCAGACAGCAAGUGAUUAUUUGGUGGGCUGGUCUUAUGAGAGGUGCUGUUUCAAUGGCACUUGCAUAUAAUCAGUUCACCAUGUCUGGGCAUACUUCUCUACGAUGCAAUGCAAUCAUGAUCACCAGCACCAUCACUGUUGUACUUUUCAGCACAGUGGUAUUUGGUUUGAUGACCAAGCCACUCAUAAGGCUUUUACUGCCUCAUAAUCCACUUCCUAAAAGCAUCGGCACAACCACAGAUCCAUCUACUCCAAAAUCAGUCAUUGUCCCACUUCUUGAGAGUGCCCAAGAUUCUGAAGUCGAUAUUGGUGGCAAUGAAGUCCAUCGUCCAAGCAGCAUCCGCGCAUUGCUUGCCACUCCAACACACACUGUUCAUCGUUUGUGGCGUAAGUUCGAUGAUGCAUUCAUGCGUCCUGUUUUCGGUGGCAGGGGAUUUGUUCCUGUAGAACCUGGUUCUCCAACUGAACGUAAUGGCCAUCAAUGGCAUUGA